AUGCGUUUUUCAGUCGCUCUUUUAACUGUUCUUGCUACUGUGCAGGCUGUACCUGUGCCAAUGGCCAAGGUGAUCACCAGAAUGCACACAGCAGACGCCGUGACCACUACACAGAAUAACUACUAUACGGUGACGUCCACCAUUCCAAUCGUUGAGGUUCUUAUUUCCAACGGUGUGACCUACACCAAGACUCUUCUCACCAUUGCUUCCGGAAGCGAUAUCGAUGCUGUUCAGCCAACGACUACUGUGGUUGCCAAGGACCCAACUACGGCUGCCAGCCAGACUAGUGACUCAGUGGCUAUUGAGACACAGACCAGUAAUCCGGUGCCGACUGACACCAGCAUUUCUAGCACUUCUACGAGUUCGAGCCAGGAUUCAUCUGUGUCUGUGUCUGUUACCUCUGUACCAUCUAGCAGCUCAUCAGCCCCAGUUACCACCGAAGCUACCACGGAAGCAAGCACCGAAGCUACCACUGAGGCAUCCAGCACUACCACCUCUGAGGAAUUCGAUCUUGUUGGAUCUGUCAAUGUCGAAAACACAUCUACCAGCUCGAGCUCAACUAGCUCAAGCUCCCCUGUGACUACCACCAAGGUUUCUAGCACCACGUCUCCAUCCUCUACAGCCGAGCCUUCGAGCUCCACCGAGGUCUCUAGUUCGACCACCCAGGCCUCCUCGUCGAGUGAAACUUCAUCUUCCACUCAGCAGACUUCCUCGUCAACCGAAGCUACCAGCUCAACUAUCAAGUCAUCGUCUUCGUCGUCUUCUUCGUCUACGACAACUUCGUCCUCAAGCUCUGAGUCAUCAAGCUCCACAGCAAGCUCAACGACCUCGUCAGUUUCAUCUUCUACGUCUUCAUCGUCGGCAGCUUCUACCGUUACUCCUUCUGCAAUUGUCUAUUCUCCAUACACCGACUCAGGAUCCUGCAAAGACUACGAUACCGUUGAAAGCGAUCUGUCUCUGAUCCAGUCCAAGGGAAUUGGCGAGGUCAGAAUUUACGGAAACGAUUGCAACUAUCUCACUACCGUGCUCCCAAUCUGCGCAAAGAAAGGAAUCAAAGUCGACCAGGGCUUCUACAUCAGCUCCUCCGGCGUGAACUCCAUUGACGAUGCUGUUACUGAGCUAAUCCAAGCCGUCCAGGACUCCUCUUCUGGAUUUGAUUGGGAACUCUUCUCUUUCUUCAGCGUUGGUAACGAGGUUAUCAGCAACGGCUACGCUACGGUCAGCGACCUGAUUGACAAAAUCAACUCUGUCAAGUCGCAGCUGCAAAGUGGUGGAUACACAGGAAAGGUCACAACCGCUGAACCACCUAGCACGUACGAAAACUACCCUGACCUGUGCACAAGCUCCAACAUCGACUUUGUCGGCAUUAAUGCUCACGCCUACUUCGAUCAGUACAUCAGUGCAGCAGACGCUGGAACAUUCCUUACCGACCAAGUUAAAGUGACUCAGAAGGCUUGUCCGAACAUGGAAGUCAAGGUUGUGGAAACCGGAUAUCCAAGUCAAGGAAAACAAAACGGAGGCAACAUACCGUCUCCAGAGAACCAGAAGACAGCCAUCAAGAAGAUCCUCGAGGAUUUCGGCCCCGAGGUGACUAUUCUGACAACCUACAACGAUUUCUGGAAAGACCCAGGCCCUUAUGGAAUUGAACAAUAUUUCGGAGUGAUCGAUAUUCUGGAGUAA